CGGAAUAACAGUCCGUCCGCAUUUCUGGUCCUAUAUUUUGUUUUUCUUUCGAUCGAAAAGAAAUAGAAAUACAGCUAAUAUAAGAGAAGAAACGACAUAUUUCAAUCCUUUUCAGAGUAGGAAUUCAACAACAGCUCCCUUUAAAGCUGAGGAUGAAUUUCGAGUCAAGCGAACCUGGAAUGAACCUUUAAUUUCAUCCAAUCAAAACUCGUCUUGCCAUUCACACGACAGAAAAUCAUCAACACAAACAGCAUCCUCGUUAUUUAUUAUACAUUUCGGACCUGGUGCCCGCCCAGAGGGCUAUGGGAGGGUGUCUAGGAUCCCGGAGACACGGCGAUAACUCAUCAGGCGAGUCUUCUGAUGCUGCAGUUUCAAUUGGAAGAAAUCAACCUUUGAAGCCUGAAAAACCCAAAUGGAAAAGUGACAUUCCACUGACAGAAACACAGCUAAGAAGUAAAAGAGAAGAGUUUUGGGACACAGCACCAGCAUUUGAAGGCAGAAAAGAAAUAUGGGAUGCUUUAAAAGCUGCUGCAUAUGCAUUAGAGACAGGGGACCAUGGUUUAGCUCAGGCAAUAAUAGAUGGUGCUAACAUAUCCUUACCGCAUGGAACAUUGAUGGACAGUUAUGAUGAAUUGGGGAACAGAUACCAACUUCCUGUCUACACCUUAAGUGCUCCAACAAACUUACUAGAAGAGACAAGUGAAAGUGACGCUGGGCUGGACUCAGAGAAUGCUUCACCAGGGCUGGAAAUCCCUCUCAAAUUCAGACUUUCAAAUCAUACUAAAGAUAUCAAACUCUAUGUGAGGACUUCUGAUACUGUGAUGAAACUUAAACUCCGAUUGUCGGAGGAAGAAGGUGUCCCACCAUCAAGACAAAGAUGGUUUUAUUCGGGACGGUUGUUGUCUGAUAAAAUACGCAUUGAAGAUGCAAAAAUUCCAAAGAACAAUGUAAUUCAGGUGAUUGUCUCACCUGAGCCGACAGAAAGUUAAUGGAAAGGUUAUUUAAUUUUUAUCUUUUCUUUAAAUGUUGUUUCACGAAGUAAUAUAUAUAAAAUUAUGUGUGUUGUGAGAAUGAACGAGUGGAAAGAGGUAUUGUUAUUAUACAUACUCAGGUGGAUUUAGCUUUCUCCACUUGUCCACAGUUUAGAGUGGGGACAGGGAGGUUGCUCCAUAUUGCCCACACUGUGAUGUGGACAUAUUGAUUUAAUUGGUUAAUCAUUAUUUAAUGUUUUUAAAUGAACAUUCAAGCAUUUUUAUUCAACUAUAUUUUUGUAGGAAGAAAUCAAAACUUGAAUAGAGAAUUGACAUUAAUAAGAUGAACAUUUAACGGUGGACAGGUGAAAAAACAAAACAUACCUUAGCUAAAGUGUACUUUUAAGGUCACAAACUUACUAUGUAUUUUCAUGAUCAUACAUGUAAAAUGUAUUGUGUGUUCACAGACAUUUUUUUAGCACCUUUUUUGGAUAAUUGCAUUUUCUAGACAUCUUGAAAAACAAAAAAACAUGUAUGAUUUUUCAUUGUUUUAUCAUAUUUAUACACAUGCAAAUGUUGAUGCUGUCGAUCAGGGUAAUAAACAUGUACAUGUAAAAUAGAUCACUUUUAAUCUUAUAUUAGUGUUUUAUACGGGUGAUUUAGAAAUUUCGACCAUUAAGUUAUAGAUUUAAAACUCUAAUGAAAUCUUAAACCAAAAUAUAAAAUCAUUAUUGCAUAUUGCCUCAUUUGUGAAGAUUAAAUUCUGAAGAAUAAGCAUUUAUAUUUGGGUUCUACUUUUUUUAAAGAUUCUGAAUUAACUGGUUGUACCUUCAAAGAGAUGAGGUCAUGGUACAUGUUGAGAACCAAAAAAAUGGUGGUAAAAAUAAUGAUACAAAAAUUCUUUGUUGGAAGAUCCUGAUUCUGUUCCAUAAAAUCUUCCAUGGAUACUUGAUAUUAAACAGAACUAUAACUGCAUGUACUAACAGGUUCUUUGCAUUUAUGUAUUUUGAAAUAUUUUGUCAAUAUAAUGGGGGUGGGGCAGCUGUGAUGGCAUUCCAAUACAACUAGUGGAUAUCCACUUACGUAUAUGCCAUUUUCCAUUACUACCAUAUGCUGAUAAUAAUCCAACACAACUACUAUGCUUGGUCUGUACAUAAAGUAUGCAAUCAAUAGUUUUAUGCAUCAUCAUAAAUAUUUUCCUUUAAAACAACUUUCCUGAUUUAUUCCUUAAAUUACUAUUCAACUUGUUUAAGUUGCAAUAUAACAGAUGCAACUGUUAAAGUGUCUUUACUGUUUUAAUGUCUUUUUCAUACCCUUACUUACUAAAGUAGGGGUAUUAAGUGAUUUUAGUGUGUGUCUGUAUGUAUGUUUGUCUGUUUAUUCAUCCAUGUUUUUCUUUCUUUACUUUGUAUCCACAACUAAAGUCAUAAACUGAUUAUUUACUCAUCAUUGACUGACUGAGUAAGUCUUUAAAAUAUGCAUGUACUAACUUUCUAAUUGACGGUGUCUCCAUUGUUCUCUGGAAGUAUAAAAGCUACAUUUUUUUUUAAAUAUACAGAUGCAGUUAAACAAGUUUUAUAUGCAUGCCAAAUUUCUUUAAAUUGAAAUAUUUAUCCAUUAUUUAUAAUUUGCCUUUAGAUAUGGUACAUUGUAUAUAAACAACGUCAAACUAUCUUUAUUUUUAUUUGUUUUGAAUUGCCUGUAUUGUUUUUGACAAACAUUUUAGUGGAAAGUUAAAUAUUUAAAUUCAGUUUUAUAAUUGACUUGUUUUUAAAAACUAAUUAAGGUAAAAUACCUUCUUUUAGCUACUGUGCAUGGUGCCAAUUUUUCCAUAGUGUUUUUAAUGGUUGACUUUGUGGAGUGUCUUUUUUGUAUAAAUAUUCUGUAACGCUUCAGACUUGUAUCAAGUUUUUUCUUCUUCUCCAGGAAUUUAGUUUUUGAAUUUAAUGUUGUAAAUCAUUGAUUUUGUGGGAUUUUUUUGUCAGCAAAAUUUUUUAAUGGUGAAAUCAUGAAUGUUAAAUAUUGUUUAUAAAAUUUAACAUUAUGAAGGACAAAAAUAAUCAAAAUGCUUUUUUUUAAGCAUUAUACUUCUCUUGUUUAAAUCAUAGUUUUGUAACAAAGUCAGAGCUGGAUUGAGGAAAUCUUGCAUUUUCAUGAACAUUUGAUAUCAUGGUUUUGUCAGUCUGUAUACAACCAAAUACAUGUAGCAAGUUUGUGAUUUUUGGAAUAUAUAAAUUUGUAGGUCACCUGUUCCAAUGAAAAAGAGAAAAAAUGGUUUCCAAUGAUUGAUAAUGAAUCCACACCAUGUGAUCCACAGUAGGAUAAAAUAUGAAGAAAAUGAGAAAAAAGAAAAGAAGAGAAUAAUUGGGUUUUGAAAUAUAAAGAAAAAAUAACAAACGAAAAAAGGAUCUCAUCCAGACCACAUAUAUUUUUGAUUUUAAACUUAUUGUUUAUCUGCCCAAAAUUCCACUAAAGAGCUAUUUUGGAUUGUGAUUAAACUGUUUUAUUUUUUGGGGGGAAAUUCAUGUAGACCUUUUAUUGUUAAACCAUUUUUAAGGAAAAAUUGUUACGAUAUGAAUGAUCAUGUAUUCAAACAAUCAAAAGAUAGAUUUUUGUAAAAGAUUUAAAGUUAUACAUAAUUUUGUCUUUAAGUUUUGAAGCCUGAUUACAGGCCUUGUUGUUGUGAAUGAAAAUUGUCUCUGAUAUAGUUACAAUAGGUACCCAAAUGGAUUUGUGUGAUAGAAAUGUAUUUUGUAACCUCUCAUUUGAAUUUCUCCACAUUGUAAGAGUCACUGUGUAGGACAUGCAUAAAGGUUGAAUUGUUUGUUCGGCAGUGCAGAAACGGAUUUGUAGAAAUUAAUAGAUGUGAAAAGUUAAGGAGUAGUCAAGACUAAUUUUAAUGGGCAGUCAGGUAGUCUGAAUGUUUGGUUUAGCAAUAUUCUGAGUUACGGCUGUAGAUGGCUCACACUGUGCAAGAAAGCUUACAUGACUUGUUGUUGGACAGAAUGUUUAAAAGAAAAGUAUGAUAUUUUAGCUAAUAAGAGAAAGAUAUAUAAAAUAGAAGCAAAAUGGAUCAGAUCUACUUUGAUCCAGAUGCUAAUUUUGUUAACGUUAAUUUAUUUUCAUGAGUGAAAGUCAUAAAAUGAAGGUAAACAUACCACUGUACACAAUGUAUAUAGUAUUAACUGGGGGCAAACACAUGUUAUACCAUUAUGAUCUGGAACAGUCAGUCAGUUUAUAGAUUAAGGUGGUACCUAACACUACAGGGAGAUAACUCUGUAAAAUCAGUUAAACGUUUUAAUUACUUUGUGUUGUAAUGGGAAUAUUAAGCUUCUCAUUGAUCAAAAUUAGUGUUUGUCAAAUUGCUAUAUAACCAGUGUGUUUUUUCUGAUAAAAUGGUUGGUUCAAAUUUUUUGAAAUUUUUAUAUUUUUGUCAAAGAAAGUAGUUUGUCAAAAGUUUAUGAAAAUUAAACGAGCCAAAUUUAUUUUAGUGAAAGUGUUGGGUACCACCUUAACAACAAGUAAUUCAAUUGAACUAUUACUGGUAAUGUUUUUUGAAUUGCAUUUAUAAGGAGUCAUAAAAUAAAUAAACUUGCAUAUUACAGAUACAAAAUAAAUAUUCUGUAAAAAAAAAUGCAGGAAACAGUUGUGAACAAAAUUGAAAACGAAUUUUAUAACUGUUAAAAAAUAAUCACAAAUGAAAAUGAACUUUCAACAGCAAAAGAAAACUUCCCCCUUUCUGAUACUUGUAUCAAUUUGUUGUCCCCUGUAUUGAUUAUUCAUAGCCUUUAAAUAGACUUGAAAUUGAAUCUAUAGCAAACACCACUUCAUGUAUUAUUGUUUGCUAAUUCAUAUGUAUAUGAAGAUUAGAAUGAAGACAUUUCUGUUUUAAAUGUGCAAUAUCCAGUGUCUGGAGUAACAGUUGCAAUGUCAUUUAUUAAACGGACAAAUACAAAAACAAAAUAUCAUUCAUUGUACUUAAUUACAUUAAGAUUUUAUGUAUUGGGACAUAAGUUUUUAUUUUCCAUUUAACAUAUUUUUUAUUGUUGUCAAGGAACAUUUAUAUUGUAUUUUUGAGGGAAAAUGUGAUUUUACAUAUAAAUACACAUGUAAACAAAUAACUGUGAUUGAGUUAAGUAAUUUACAUGUACCAAAAUUUCUUUUUUCUAGACAUAAUAAUCAGACAAACUAUGGUAAAACCUGCAUACACUUUUUUUUAUGGUUAACACUUUAGACUAUUCCAUUAUCCUGAAGUGAUUUUUGAGUGUAGUGUUACAACAGGGAAGUAAUUUAAUGUGAUAUACUUUACUCUUGAGAUGCUGUGAACUUAGAAAGAUGAUUGAGAUUAUUUAGUUAUGAUAUUUUUCUUGAAAAGUGAUUCAUCUAUAAGUUUUUUUACACUAUUACUUUCUUAAAGAUAAUACUGGUACUAAUUGAUUUGUCAGGGGGUGGGGGCCACGAUGAAAUUUUAAAAAAGUCAGGAUGACAGUUUAUGUAAAAAGAAGUCAUUAUAAACUAAAAAAAGGCAGGACCGCAUAAAAAGUGGAAAUAAAAAGGCAGGACAGUGAACACAACUAAACAUAAUUGUAAAAAUCAAAUGAUAGCUCCCUUGCUAAUGUUGCACUUUGUUUGAAAAUUCCAUUGAAACUUUAUUUCAAUAUCAAUAAACUAGAUUGUACUUUUGAAACAUCUCUGAAGAGUUUCUAUUGUCAUGUUAAUAGAUGUACUUUUAAAAAACAACCAAUCAUUGAUUAGCAUAUUUCUUCCUUGAAAUAGAGGAGGAUAUAACAUCAGUUUUACAAUUAUAGACAAUAAAACUUGCACUAGCUUUUAAACACAAAAAAACAUAAUUGGCUGAAGAUGAUCAAUUUGAUCCAUGAAAGAGAUUAGUACUUUCAAUUUUUUUUUUAAUAAUAAGUAUAUUAAAACUCAUUUUAUAACUUUGCUAUCUAUAAAACAGGUUUUACCAGUUCUCUCCUAGAGAGAAGAUUUGUGUGAAAUAUUACUGCCUUUUAAUUAAAAAAAAAUCAUGUCAUUUAAUAUUGUGAAAUUAGUUUGAUGGUAAUGAUUUUCAUUUGUCACAGUCAAGAAUGGCAAAUUUUAAAUCAUUGAAACUUGUACUAUUAUUUUCAUGUUGUGAUUGAAUACGGUUAUGAGAAAGAGUCUGAUUAAAAGUUGUUUAUAAUGUU